AUGACGGCCAUCACGGCGCCCUUCGAGCGCGUCAAGGUGAUCCUCCAAGUGCAGGGCCAAAAGAAGCUCGCACCCGGCGAAAAGCCCAAUCGGCGGCCACGCUGGCCCGCGACAGGCCCAGGCUCCGCCGCCUACUUCGCCGCCUACGAGUACAUCAAGCGCAUGCUCACCCCGCGCGACCCCGUCACCGGCGAGCCCAGCGGCAAGCUCAGCCUGCCGGCGGUCACCUGCGCGGGCGCCGCGGCGGGCGUGGCCAUGUGGAUUCCCGUGUUCCCGAUCGAUACGGUCAAGAGUCGGCUGCAGACGGCCGAGGGAAAUGUGACGAUUGGGGGGGUGGUCAGGGGGUUGUAUGCGAAGGGGGGGUACAAGGCGUUUUUCCCGGGCUUUGGGCCCGCGCUGGCAAGAGCGGUGCCGGCGAAUGCGGCGACGUUUUUGGGGGUCGAGUUGGCGCACCAGGCUAUGAAUAAGGCGUUUAACUGA